AGUAAACUGUGGAGUUGGCAAAGAAGUGAAGCAUGGGAGAGGUAGAGGCUGCUUUCGUCCAAGAGGUGCAACACAGACCAAAGUUGGGUGUGAUCGAAGCUGAAGAAAUUCCUGUGAUAGAUCUGUCUCCAGUAACGAAGGAGGCAGUUUCAGAUCCAUGUUCCGUUGAAAGGUUGGUGAAGGAGAUAGGGAGUGCGUGCAAGGAAUGGGGUUUCUUCCAAGUAAUAAACCAUGGGGUGCCUGUGGUUCUGAGAGAAAACAUUGAGAAAGCUUCAAGGAUGUUCUUUAGUCAGAGUGUGGAGGAGAAGAGGAAGGUUAGGAGAGAUGAGAGGAAUGCCAUGGGUUAUUAUGACACUGAGCACACCAAGAACGUUAGGGACUGGAAAGAAGUGUUUGAUUCUGUAGCCAAAGACCACACUCCGGUUCCUCUCACUCCUGAUGAACACGAUGAUCGACUCACUUACUGGACUAAUUCCAAUCCUCAGUACCCUCCACACCUCAGGAGUACAAUCACAAAGUAUGUUGAAGAGACGGAGAAAUUGUCCUUGAAAUUAAUGGAGCUUAUAGCUUUGAGCUUAGGCCUUGAAGCAAAAAGGUUUGAGGAAUAUUUUGUGAAAGAUCAAACUAGCCUUUUUCAUCUUAACUAUUAUCCUACAUGCCCUAGUCCACACCUAGCCCUUGGUGUUGGUCCACACAAGGAUAUCGGAGCUCUAACCGUUCUUGCACAAGAUGAGGUUGAAGGAUUAGAAGUGAAACACAAUGGAGAAUGGAUAAGAAUUAAACUCAUUCCAAAUUCCUUCAUUAUCAACCUUGGUGAUAUUGUUCAGGUUUGGAGUAAUGAUGCAUAUGAGAGUCCAGAGCAUAGAGUGGUGGUAAACUCUGAGAAAGAAAGAUAUUCCUAUCCAUUCUUCCUCUUCCCUGCACAGGAAACUGAGGUGAAGCCUAUGGAGGAGUUGAUAAAUGACCAAAACCUUUCCAAAUAUAGGCCAUACAAAUGGGGCAAGUUUCUUGCUCACAGAUUUAGCACCAAUUUCAAGAAACGACUGGGGGAAAACAUUCAAAUAUUACAUUACAAGAUUAAAUAAUACUAUAUUAUUAACGUCAUUUCUCUUGUCUGUGUAAAAUUCUGACUGUUAAUCCAAAACAUCAUUUCUAUUUACAAAUUUGCUGCCAAAUUUCUAGUGGG